AUGCUUACAAACUUCCAAAAGGCUAUGGAAAUUACAACAGGCACUUCGUCUGUGCGGGAUAUUCGCAUAGAACGCAUCGGUGAGCACAAAACUCAGAUAGACGCGUUUGGUCACGCGCUGACAAUGUAUAUCCAAGGUGCACAUUCACAUAUACGAGGUCUUGGGCUCGAUGAUCGCCUCGAGCCACGGGCAAACUCCCAAGGCAUGGUCGGCCAAGGCAAGGCACGAAAAGCUGCGGGACUCAUUGUGAAAAUGGUCCAAGAUGGGAGGAUUUCUGGUAAAGCGAUCUUGAUGGCGGGGCCUCCAAGCUCUGGAAAGACGGCUAUCGCCAUGGGUAUGGCCCAAAGUCUAGGAAAUGAUGUUCCCUUUACAAUGAUUGCUGCGAGCGAGGUCUUUUCGCUUUCCAUGUCGAAAACUGAAGCGCUCACCCAAGCGUUUCGAAGAAGUAUUGGUGUUCGCAUCAAAGAGGAGACGGAGAUUAUCGAAGGAGAGAUUGUAGAGAUACAAAUUGACCGCAGCGUCACAGGGGCAACAAAAAUGGGCAAGCUCACUAUCAAAACGACGGACAUGGCAACUGUCUAUGAUCUUGGCUCCAAGAUGAUUGAUUCACUGGCCAAAGAAAAGGUUCUCGCGGGCGACGUGGUCACCAUCGACAAGGCUUCUGGGCGCAUUACAAAACUUGGAAGAUCAUUCUCAAGAGCUCGUGACUAUGACGCUACUGGAGCAGAUACCAAAUUCGUUCAAACCCCCGAAGGCGAGGUACAAAAGCGCAAAGAAGUGGUUCACACCGUGUCUCUCCAUGAAAUCGAUGUUAUCAAUAGCCGGACACAAGGCUUCCUGGCCCUCUUUGCUGGUGACACUGGAGAAAUCAAGCCAGAGCUGCGCGAGCAGAUUAACAACAAAAUUGGCGAGUGGAAGGAAGAAGGAAAGGCGGAAAUUGUGCCUGGAGUCUUGUUCAUCGACGAAGUUCACAUGCUCGACAUCGAGUGCUUCUCCUUCUUGAACCGUGCACUCGAGGAUGAACUUGCACCACUGGUCAUCAUGGCCUCGAAUCGCGGAACCGCUACGAUUCGAGGCACGACAUUCCGCUCGCCACACGGUCUCCCCGUCGACUUACUCGACCGUGUAUUGAUCAUCUCCACACAGCCAUAUUCGAUUGCAGAUGUCGAACAGAUUAUCCAGAUCCGAUGUCAAGAAGAGGACGUUCAACUUGCGCCAGACGCGUUGAAAGCACUCGCCAACUUGGCUACCGAAACCACACUCCGAUAUGCCCUCAAUCUGAUCAGCACAGCUCAAGUCGUGGCGCGAAAGAGGAAGAGUACCGUGGUGGAGACCGAGGAUGUGCGGAGAUGUUAUGGCUACUUCCUCGACGAAAAGCGAAGCACACAGUGGCUCAAAGAGCAACAAGGAUCUCUCGUCUUUGAUGCCCUAGGAGACAACGAUGUGACAAUGGCCACAUCGUGA